UCCACGUUGGCCUACCAUUUGAUCUUCUAAAAGCGAAGCUGACUCGAUUAGCAGGGUUAGGUUCGAUUUUGCAAGCAAAAAGUGGCAUGUUAGAAACGAAAAAUUAAACCGCAGUAAUAUUUAAUAAUACGUAUUGCAUAAUAAGUUGAGCUUAAGUUUGCGAUAUUUAAAGGUUUUUGGUACACGAAUCAAGCCAACGCUACCUUUAAUAAUGGCAUUGUCUGUGUGGUGUCAGUGAUUGAAAAAACACGGUCCGUGUGCCUACUGGUACUGCUGGGCCCAGCAAUACAUCAUACCUUCUAUUAUAAAUGCAUAUUACUGUUUCUGACGUAUUUAUAAUACGAAAUAAAGAGCAGUGAAAAUGGACUUGCAUUUUUAUUCCGGUCUGUCAGACGGCUCAAUUCAAUCAAACGAACAGCAAUUCUUGGAUACUUCACACAGCUACAACGGCUACAACACUAUAAACAAGUUUCCUGGAGGGAACGAUCACUAUCUCACCAUCAGUGGAGCUGGACACCCCUUCCUCUCGUCAGCAGAGACCUUCCACACCCCGAGCCUGGGGGAUGAGGAGUUUGAGAUCCCCCCGAUCUCGCUGGAUCCUGAUCCCUCCCUGGCGGUCUCCGAUGUGGGGCACUUCGACGAGCUGCAGGACCCUGCCCUAACCGCAGGGGGCAGCGCUGGGGCUGACCCCGUGGGAUACAGCGCCCCCUUCACCUCCCAGGGGCUCGAGCACCUCAACAUGGAGGGCGGAGGGGGGGAGCUGAUGGGAGCCACACUCAGUAUGGACCUGUCUCACUCGCUGGGCUCCCAGUACAGCUCCAGUUCUUCCAUGACCAUUGACGUGCCUCUGUCAGACCUCAACCACCACGGGCUGCUGGGCCAUGGGCAGCUGACCACCAUUGACCAAUCAGAGCUGACCUCGCAGCUGGGCCUGAGCCUGGGGGGAGGGACCAUCGUGCCUCGCCCACAGUCCCCAGAGGAGCCACUGUCUGCCACGCCCUCCCCCUCCAGCUCCCUGCACGAGGAGGAGGCUGAGGAGUUCAAGAGGCUGUCUGAGAAGCGCAUCGUAGUGGAGUCCCCUGUCACCAUGUCCCCUGGGGUACUAGGAGUGAGUGUGGGAGGAGGGGGCAGUGUGGUGGUCCGCAGAGCCAAGCCCCCCAAGAAGACGAAGAAGAAGAAGAAGGAUCCGAACGAGCCCCAGAAGCCGGUGUCUGCCUACGCGCUGUUCUUCAGGGACACGCAGGCCGCCAUUAAGGGGCAGAACCCCAGCGCCACCUUUGGGGAGGUCAGCAAGAUCGUGGCCUCCAUGUGGGACAGCCUGGGAGAGGAGCAGAAACAGGUUUACAAAAGGAAGACUGAAGCUGCCAAGAAGGAAUACCUGAAAGCACUGGCAGCCUACCGGGCCAAUCAGGUCUCUCAGACCGCGAUGGAAGUCAUGGAUACAGAGCCUCCUUCAACCCCCCCUCCCCCAGCUGCCCCCAAGCACACCCGCUCACACACCACCUCACCCAGCGCCAACACCAACACCAUAACCAACAUCUGCACCUCCAACAUCAUCCUGAACCACCCGCAGGUCAUCACCCGGUCCAGAACAGGGGCUAUUGCGCCCCCGCACCCCCCGAUCUCCUCCCAGAGCAGCCCCAGCCAGCACACUCGCACUGUCACCAAGAUCAUCAUCUCUAAACAGAUGCUGGCGUCCAGCUCACACCACCAGCAAAUCCCAACCUCUGUGGUAACAGUUAUCCCGGCCUCUAGGGGACUCCAAAUCCAGCAGACUGCCCCCACUGUCACCCCCACCUCUAACCCUCGCCCUUUUCUCAGCCAACCCCCUCCACUCCAGCAAAUGCAGCAGCCCCCACCCCCCCGCCUGCAGCAGAUGGUGCAUACCUCCCAGCAGCUGCCCCCGCCCCCUUUGCAGGCCAAACCUAGAGGGGCGGGGCUGACCAUCACCACAGCUCCGCCCCCUCCCCUGCAGAUCAAGAUACUCCCUGCCCCUGCUCCGGUCUCCUCCCCUCUGCAGAUUCAGGCUCAGCCUGUUGCUACUGUGGUCUCGAGCCCGACCACUCCUCCUGUCCUUGUCAGUCCCCCUCCUCCCCCUCCCGCUCUCAUAGUUGGUGCUGUCUCUGCUUCCACUGCUUCCUCCUCUCCCCCUGCCUGUUUGGAAGUGGCGCAGUCCAUUGGGGGUCCCCUGGUUUCUGCUGCUUCCUCCUCCUCUCCUCCACCUCCACUUGGGGCUCGAAUGCAGGAAGAGGCUGAGGACUUCAAUGCUGGAGAGAUGGAGGUGGAGCUGGUGAGUGGCUCACCCCCCCCUCCCAGUCGCUGUGUGCGUGCAGGCUGCACCAACACCCCUGUGGAGAGCCAGGACUGGGACCACGAAUACUGCAGCAACCAGUGCGUGGCUGACCACUGCAGGGAUAUCUUCAUGGCUUGGUGUUCGAUCAGAGGACACAACAUGGCAGCGACUGUGAAAUAAAAACAUACUGGUGGAGCAGAAACAGCAAGCUACAGAAAAAACAUACUGGACUGAGGAGCAGAAACAGCAAGCUACAGAAAAACAUACAUACAGGAGGAGGGGGACUUUCCUCACCCUGCACCCAGUCCUCUUCAAUUUUUUUUCCGUUUUAGAAACUUUCGCUGGGAAUUUCAGUUUUACAAAUAUAAAGAGAAGCUGAUUGUGAUAAAACUUGGGCAAGACGUUUUUAGGACAAGUUAUUGAGAGGAUCGGAAUCUGAAGCGGUAUGGCAUCCUGUAUGUCUGACUUUUGUCCAAUUGUUAUGAAAGUUUACUGAGGACAUUCUUCAGCACAAGUUUAGAGGAUCAGAAUCUAGUGCGGGACAAGCUUAUUUUUACAUCUUUGUAUUUCCUUUCAAAAUGUAUUUAAUAUUCUUUUAAUUUAGAAUUAGCAGGAAACCAAUAGUACAUCUUUAUUGUAGAAAAAAAAAACUGGUACCCCAUCAAAUUACAUAUCAAAGAAAGUAGACAAGCGCUACUGUGCAGUAGAAUGAAUGAAUCAGAUGUCAUUGAUAUGCAUUGGUUUCCUUUGUGUAAUAUCUUAAUAGAAUUUAUAUGUGAACAAAUACAAACAUGGUAUGAUUGAGUAAUUCCGUAUUUGUUCCAGCACUAUCAGAAUCUGAUGAGAAUAUCAGAAUUUGUUUGUGCGUGGAGGCUGUCAAUCUGUCUGUCUGUAUGUAUGCCAAACUUGUGAGCUGCUUACACAAUUUAUAAUGAAGCUUGCUACAGGCAUUCUAGAUCACAAGCUAUUGAGAAUAUCAGAAUAUGGGGGCACACGGAUGGACCUGUCAUUUUUACUUGUACAUACGGUGGGGUAUAGGCCAUUUUCCCAGAUUCUUAUAGCUAUAUUUUCUAUGUAAAUACAGUGAAACCUAGCUAUAAAGUACAUGGUGCUAACAAAUUCCAGUAAAUCUUAUCUAAUAUAUAUUGCCAUCACUUUGUAGAUCUCACAUUUUCCAAUAUGAAAGAGACUUAUGUUCACCCUUACCAGAAUGUAUGCGUUUUUCAUAUAGGAAAAUCUGAGACCAACAAAAUUAUAGCAAUAUAUGCCAGGUAAGAUUUACUGGAGUUAUUUUGCCAGCACCAUGCUUUUAAGAGCUAGAUUUCACUGUUUAAAUAUGCAUCAAAAUGUAAAGCAAUUCAUACCAGAUUAUAGUAAAAUAAACCAGGUGGCACCCCAUUAUCUCCUGUUAAAGAAAGGAGAGAGACUUUUUUACAGUAGAAUUGGUAUUAUUUAUUUCAGACCUCAUCCUUUUGAUUCUGUCAUUUAUGAAUUCUGUUAUAUGAACAAAUACAUUUCAAGUUGUGUUUGUUCCAGUAUUUGUCUCCGCUCUUGGUUUUACCUGAACUAUACUAUAGACAGGUUGUCCUUAUAUAGCUGAUAUUUAAUACAGGUUUGAUUGUGUUGGGCCAACAUACAACAGUUUAAAGUAAAUGUUGACUAAAAUUAUGCAAAUAAAUGUCAUUGAAAAACCACUAUAAAUAUGUACAUAAAAA